AGUCUUUUGGGACCUCAUGGAGGGAGGAGGCUGCUGACGUGUCCACACUUUUCAAAAGCCAGGGGAACGACAGUCUUCCACACAACACACAUAACAGAGAGAAGUCGCCGCCGACGAUUCCGUUACGCUGCUCGCUGCCACUGUUAAUUCCGCCACGUGUCCCCUAGCUCUCUCCUGCUCUAUUUGAUCCCCAAUCCUCGGGCCCCGCACCAUUUCUCCGGCGACCUAACGGCACCGUAUUGUCACAAGUUCCCAGGCGAGCUCCAUCAGCUACAUAUUCGCGAUCGUGCUAUGGCCGAAACGACGCCGUUGCCGGGCGCUCCGCAGCCGAGCAAGCUGUGGAAAGGGGUUUUUGCAGUGGCCGGAAUCAUGACCACGCUCGUCACCUACGGCGUUCUCCAGGAGAAGAUCAUGAGAGUGCCGUACGGCGACGACAAGGCGUUUUUCAAGUACUCGCUUUUCCUCGUCUUCUGCAACCGCAUCACGACGUCGGCGGUCUCGGCCGGAGUUUUGUGGGCCAGAAAGAAGGCUCUGGAUCCUGUUGCUCCGGUUUACAAGUAUGGCCUCGUAUCGAUUUCAAACAUACUAACCACGACAUGUCAGUAUGAGGCUCUCAAAUACGUCAGCUUUCCGGUUCAAACGCUUGCGAAAUGCGCCAAGAUGAUACCAGUGAUGGUUUGGGGCACUAUCAUUAUGCAAAAGAAAUAUAGGGUACCGCACUAUUUUCUGGCAUUUCUAGUGACAGUGGGCUGUUCAAUAUUCAUUCUAUAUCCGGCAGGAUCUGCGGACAUUGGUCCAUCUGAUAUAUACGGUAGAGGAAGAGAAAAUACCAUCUGGGGCAUUUCUCUUAUGAUUGGUUAUCUUGGGUUUGAUGGCUUUACAAGCACGUUCCAAGAUAAGCUAUUUAAGGGAUAUGAUAUGGAGAUACACAAUCAAAUAUUUUACACCACGUUCUGUUCUUGUGUUCUCAGCAUGACAGGUCUUCUACUACAAGGGCAACUUCUGCCAGCAAUUCAUUUUGUUGCUAGUCACAAUGGUUGUUUCUUCGACAUUGCAUUGCUUUCCACUGUAGCGACAGCGAGCCAGUUUUUUAUUUCUUACACAAUUCGCACUUUUGGUGCUCUCACAUUUGCCACAAUAAUGACCACAAGACAGCUGGCCAGCAUUAUGUUAUCAUGCUUGUGGUUUUCGCACCCCCUUAGCUGGGAACAGUGGAUGGGAGCCGCUAUUGUCUUUGGUUCCCUAUAUGCGAAAAGCUUCUUGAGAACGAAUCCUUCACCUUCCCAGCAAAUUCAGAAUGGAGCUUCGAGUCCAGUGAAGGCGAUCCCUUGAUAGUGUUUGGGUUAACGGUUGCCACAGUAUGUCGGACCAGGUACCUGCCUCUAACUUUGACCAAUGGGCGGCUUUGGUUUUACAAUUGUCAAGCUGCAACCUGCGAACAGGCCUUCGAUGCAGUGAAAUUGAUCUAAAUAUACUCUAGAGUCUAGACCACACAGCAUGCAUACCGCACGCAAGAAGUCUCAUUGGAGACUGAAGAUUCUUGGAGGCCUACGUCUCCGUAGAGAGGAUUAAUCAUAGACUAACUAAAGAAACAAGAAUGUUUCGUUUUAUUCUUAUACAUGUUUUGAAUACAUGGCUCGAAAAUGUAUAAUGCAACUGCGCAAGCAACAUUUCGUUCGAGAGGAGAACUGGAAGAACAAAAAAGGAGAAGAAAGUCUUGGAUGCUCUGGAGUAUUUUCUUUCUCUUCCUGUGUGACCCAAGCUUAAUUAGGAUUGUAAGAAUAAUUGGUUUACUGUUUCGAUUAGGGAUGAUGAUGGUUUUUAAAUUGUAUGAUUAAUUGGUGGUUGUUUCGGUUUCUUCAUGUGAUUAACGUAUCUUUGUUCUCCCAAGGGAAGCUUAGAAAGAUUUGAGAAUUUGGAUUUCA